GUAUAACGUUUCAUACACAGACUAUUUUCGUACAUACAUAUAUUCAAUAUCCUCGCCUUAUUUGUUGCCUUAUCCUAAUCCAUCCCAAAACGUUCGUUAUUCGCAGCCACACCUAACCCCAUCAUAGCAUUUUCUCGCCCCGUCCGUUCCUUUAUCUUCAAACUGUUCGUUGCGCUCUUGGAAUGCCUUGGAGUCCUCUUUCUGAUGGAUCUAACAUUUCCUAAGCGGUAUGAUCGAGCGGAAGGAAGCUGGAAACGAAAAAAUCUUCGAUGUAGACAGCUCUGUACAGGAAUCUAAUAAGCCAUGCUGCACGUCUUUGGAUAACGAUUGCAGUCAGCCAAUCAGGAUGGCUGGUACUAACGUCGGUCAGCUCCCACCACCAUCUGCAACAUUUUUACUCGAAGAAUCUAGCCUGUCUGCUCAACUGGCUCCAGCUCCACCCGUUCGUUCCUCCAGCACUCUUCGCGAAAAUGACAGGCCGGUGUUCCCCAUUUCAAAACCCCUUCCGACUCCACCAGGGAAGGAAGAGAAGAAAAAGAAAAAGAAAGGUAAACUGUUUCGACUGCCGAAGUUCCAUCGCACUGAAAAGUCUUGCGAACCUGAAAUUUCCAUGCCAACUCACGUGACACACGAUCUACACGUAGCAUUCAACAAAGCGACUGGACAAAUACAGGGUCUACCCGAAGCAUGGCGUUUGUUACUGAUGUCUUCGAACAUACCUCGAGUGGAGCAGGAGCGCAAUCCAGAACUCAUGCUCGGCGUACUUCAGUGUUUCGACGAAUCUGCCAAACACAAAGACAAGUACAUGACCAAUAUAUCGGUUGUAACAAAUUCUUCUGGAUCUUUGGAGUCCAUGAACUCAGUCUCCCGAUCGUUUUCUGCUUCAUCACAAUGCGCUAAUUCUACCAUGCAAUCGGAUGCAACAUCACUGCAACUGACGAACUAUCCAUCUGGUCUGUCACGUGUCCCUAACUCACUCGACGCUUCAGGCUCUCUAUUUGGCGUUUCUGAUGGGUCCACUGGCCCAGUCGUCACGUCAACCGGUAUGCCGCUGAUCGCCCGCUCGACUGCAGAGAGCAGUAGUAGCGGUCGUGGAAGCAGUUGUACGACGAACAGUGGUCAUGGCGGUAAUGUGUCUGGGCUGCACGAGUUGAGCGCCACUAGUUUAAUGGAACUGGCAUCUCAUCGCAUGAAUCUUGGAAACGGAUGUCUUGUGAAAUCCGGCCGUCGAACUAGCACUGGCGGUGCAGUAUUUGGACCUCCCGGUUCAACCCCAAUGCAGGCCUAUGUUGGCACACGAGCAAGCGGUUCUACCAUACCGGAAAUGUCCCCCGCUCUUGGUGACCACCGACUGAUCAAAGAUAGCCAAGAAUCACAUACUCACUACGGUUCCGGUUCACUUGUAUCCGCCAAUACGGGUACUUUGACCAACGGUCAUCUCCUUACUCAGGGUCGUUUUGUACGGGAUAGCGAUGGCGCUGCGAGUGAAGGACACGUCGUAAACUCCGCUCCGGUUUUGCCGCACUCUCCGGGUGUCAGUAUGGGCUGCUCCAGUAGUGGCCGGAGCAGCGGAUGCUCGCUAUCCUGUUCUGGAUUGAGCGGUGACGUCAGUGUUUCGGGAUUGCCAGUGUCAGUGAGCAUGAUGAGCAAUCAGCUUUCGUGUCAUCAAAAUGGUAGUAGUGAUCCAGCAAUUGUUGAUCCAUUACUGGGCCGUUUUCAACACCCCUUUUCACCUCCACCUCCGAUUCCGCCUCACGCUAAAUCUCGCAAUCCUCUAGACUCUUCACAGUGUAACUUAGACACUGAUGGUGCUGGUGGCACCUUGCGGCAAUCGAACCGUGGCGACAGUUUACCCACUACACCUGAUCAAAUUCCCUCCUUUGAGAACGUACUUCUGAACAUACAUUUGUCCGGAGAUGAUCCCCUUUUCGUUCCCGAUGCCUGCAUGAUGGUGGGCGAAUCAUCUUCCUCUUCCUCUUGCGCUUCCGAGCAAGAAGAUGCAAAUGAUCAGUAUGAGAAUGGGGAUACCAGGUGCGUUUGUGCCAACCGUGAGCCAUUCGAGAUGCAUCAAGUGGAUCCCACUAGCGGUCUACCCAUGCCGAUGUCGAUCUCAGAAGAGUCGGGUGAAACUACCGUGAAUGAAAACAUCCAGACCGCAUCCCAUUUAGUCGAAGAUCGCGACCCUUCGGCCGCAUUUGCGAUUUUCGGUCGUCCUGUCCCAGCUUCAGAAGCCGCCUUUUCUGCCCCAAGCAAACCCGCUGUCACACAACCACCUCCUGUUCCUGCCAAACCACAUUCUCUGGCCCAAUCUCUUCGAUCGCUCCAACAAUCUGCGUUCCCAAAAGGACGUUCGGAAACACCGCCACCUUCCCAAACACCCGUUUCCGUGCCUCCCACUAUCGUUUCUUCCUCUCAGCUGAGUGAGCCUUUUCAUCAAACUUCGACUCCUCCCUCCACAAUCCCCGUACUUAGGGAGACCUUUGAAACGAGUGGAAAGCUGAACCAAAAAACACCUGCCUCUGCACCUCGUCGACGGAAUGGGUCCCACCGCCUGACGGACCAGCAAGUGCACGACCGUUUGAAGACCAUCGUGUCAAGAGGAAGUCCAUACGACAAAUAUCGAUUAGUGGAAAAGGUUGGACAGGGUGCAUCCGGUGUUGUCUACAGUGGUUACGACAUUUUCACCAGACAACUGGUUGCCAUAAAACAGAUGAAUUUGUCCCAGCAGCCGAAGAAAGAAUUAAUCAUUAAUGAAAUCUUGGUGAUGAAGUCAAAUCGUCAGGCCAACAUUGUCAACUAUCUAGAUAGCUAUCUGGUCCCGACUGCUAUCAACCGACAACUACCAACAACUGAUUCAACCGUUCCCACCCAGACAAAUCCCGCUGGUGGCGAGGAACUGUGGGUGGUGAUGGAAUAUCUGGACGGCGGCCCACUCACUGACGUUGUAAUGGAAACUUGUAUGGAGGAGGGCCACAUUGCAGCCAUUUGUAAGGAAGUUCUCAAAGCACUCGAAUUUCUGCACACCAAUCAUGUGAUACACCGGGACAUCAAGUCCGACAACAUUCUGCUUGGUAUGGAUGGCUCGGUGAAACUCACGGACUUCGGGUUCUGUGCACAGCUGAGUGCGGACAAAACCAAACGGUCCACCAUGGUUGGCACUCCGUACUGGAUGGCCCCCGAAGUAGUGUCACGCAAGCACUACGGGCCCAAAGUAGACGUAUGGUCAUUGGGCAUUAUGGCCAUAGAGAUGCUAGAUGGUGAGCCACCGUAUCUGAACGAAAAUCCACUAAGGGCACUAUAUUUGAUUGCCACUAACGGGAAACCGGAAAUCAAGGAACGUCACCGACUUUCCCCCGUGUUCCUGGACUUCUUGGAUCGGUGCUUGGAAGUUGAUGUGGAACGGCGUUUCACGGCAACCGAGCUGCUGAAGCAUCCUUUCAUUACUAAUUGUGCGGAGCCCUUGUCUUGUCUCAUUCCUCUCAUUCAACUGGCUCGGGAGCAAAAGUGAGCAUCAGUGACUAGCGGGCGCCCCUCUCAUCUUGCUGUGUACAUACAUACUCAUUGGCACCUGGACUACCAGUUUCACACAUUGACUCUUGGAUAUAACAGUGAAGCCCCCUUUAAAGCGCCCCUGUUGCCGUACCUCCUGGCCUUUCUUCAUGGUCGCUCCUUUUCCCAUCACCUGAUUCCAACAUCAAGAACCACAUCUUUUCUAACGCAGUACUCCCAUUGGGUCGUCUACCCACCUAAUGUAUAGGUUUCACGGUUUAAAGCCAAUAUCGCGUUUUGCUCAGUGGCGACAACAUUUGUUCAUACUUAUGAGUAUUGUUGCGCCUAGGUGUUGUUACCCUUCUUUUUACGCCUCCUCCCAAUCGCAGUGUACCCAAGACCCCGUAUCCGUAUUCACUCCCCUUCCCGCAUUUUGUCUUGCAUUUGCUUUCCACCUACCUUGCCUUGCCUUUAUCAUGUUUGGCUUGUCUGCCAUCCGGGGUAUGAACGAAGUGGGGUUUUCUAGCGAGUCCGCAUCAAUCUUACAUUUCUACUGGCUUGUAUCUAUUCAUUUUAACACAUUUUAGACGGGUACUUUGCUUCUCAUUUUGCUUUUGUCCACGGCCACAUACGCACGAGUCUAGGAUUUUUUUACUCUUUGGGCUUUAUUUUCUUUCUCCUCCGGCGCGCGUGACCGCCUAGCUUCCCACUGCGAUAUCUGCGCGGAUUCUAUCGUCUCGGUAACGCUGUUCCUGUUAUGCUUUCUCCUACCAUCUCUCUUUUCACUGUUGUCGUUUGACAGUCGCUUCGUGUACUAGCACACUAUUGUCUAACUUUUCCUAUUGCGCUUCUCAUCGACGGAAUAUCCUCUUGGUUGUUUCUGGCCUAUUUUCCAAUUGAAAUCACUUUCUUGGCUAUUCAUGCGUUUCUCCACUUCAUGAGCGACUAACCCGCGGUCCAUGUUGUCCACACUGCUCCACGUCACCGUCGACCAGGCUGUUAUUUGCCUCAAACUAUUACCGAUAUACUACAACCAUGAUGUUAAGCACAUUUCUACCCCCUGAGUUGCUCUCUUUUUUAUUCUGGGUGUUCUUUGUUGCAUCACCUGUACGUUGGGAUAUAAAAUUGUGGUAACAUGUGCAAAUAGUUAACCCU